AUGGCUCAAAAACCCAGAUGGGGCGAAUUGGAGGAAGAAGAUGAUGGCGGUGACUAUGACUAUUUGUUGCCACCGAAACAGAUUACCACCACCACACGCGUCCGUAAACUCGCUAAUGCUUGGCUGAGCAAGCGCGCCAUGGAGAGGCGAUUUUGGCCUAUGUUCGGUGAUGUCGUUCAAGAGGACGUCGGCGCCAGACUCACCAUGGUUUCUACUGAGGAAAUCAUCUUUGAGCGACCAAAGGCUCCAGGUACAAAAGUUGAAGACUCAAAUGCAGCUGGAGACCCAUUAGCCCAAAUGUCGAAAGGAGGAGAUGUAUUGAUGGUAUGCAGGACAUGUGAGAAGAAAGGAGACCAUUGGACCUCAAAUAGUCCUUACAAGGACUUGGCUCAGCCUACCGAGUCCUUCUCUAAGAACCCAAACCCUUCAGACACAUUAGCCACAGCGAUUAAGUUGUUGAUAAAAUUGUGGCUUCCAAAUUCACAGGUCGAUUUAAAUAAUUUGGAAGAGUACAUUUCACUGGUGGUUGAUGCUACUGUCAAGACUGGUAUCACAAGGCAAUUGGAAGCAUUUAGAGCUGGCUUUAAUCAGGUUUUUGAUGUUUCAAGUUUACAAAUAUUUUCUCCAAGUGAGUUGGAUUAUUUACUCUGUGGGCGUAGAGAAAUGUGGGAGUUGCUUGAGAUAAUGGGAGAGUUCAAUCCAGAACAUCAAAGGGCAUUCUGUCAAUUUGUUACUGGUGCACCUCGGCUUCCUCCAGGUGGCUUGGCUGUCUUGAACCCUAAGUUGACCAUUGCUAGCAAGUUUUAUCUUGGUUCUGAUUUAGGCAUGAAAGAACUCAUUGCAGCUGCCACCAACAGAGAAGUCCUAGGGGCUACAAAAGGUGCUGACGUAAAGUUGGUGGAAGAAAGGAAUAUGAAGCCACUUGAUUCAAGUCUUGUAGCAUUAUCAGCAAGAUGCAGUAAAGACUUGGAGUUGAGUUUGGCUAAGUCAUUCUUGAGUGAGAUGGGCCAAUGUACAACUGCUUAUCCAUAUAAUUAG